AUGGGUGACGCCGAGUGUUUUGGCCCAACGGUCACAUGUUUUCUUUGUUGUGAGCGGUGGCAGAGGCUGGUGGCUCCAGGAGACGCCGGCGCAGCCGAGACCGUGGGUCGCCUCUUCCAGCCUGCGCCGAGAGGUGUGGAAAUAUAAACAACACAAGUGUUUGCCUGGGGCUUUGUGAAACAAAUGCUAAGAAGACACAUAAAGAAGAUCCCUAGCAGCCAUUUCUCAACAAUUAUAUAGUCAACUGAUGUAACAAUGGUACUAAUAUUGGGACGCAGACUAAACAGAGAGGAUCUUGGGGUGCGUGAUUCCCCAGCAACUAAGCGCAAAGUUUUUGAAAUGGACCCCAAAUCUCUGACAGGUCAUGAGUAUUUUGACUUCUCUUCAGGAUCAUCCCAUGCUGAAAACAUACUCCAGAUAUUUAAUGAGUUCCGAGACAGCCGCUUAUUCACAGAUGUCAUCAUCUGUGUGGAAGGGAAGGAGUUUCCUUGUCAUCGAGCUGUCCUCUCAGCCUGUAGCAGCUACUUCAGAGCCAUGUUCUGUAAUGACCACAGGGAGAGCCGAGAAAUGCUGGUUGAGAUCAACGGCAUUUUAGCUGAAGCUAUGGAAUGUUUCUUGCAGUAUGUGUAUACGGGGAAGGUGAAGAUCACAACCGAGAACGUCCAGUACCUCUUUGAAACCUCCAGCCUCUUUCAGAUUAGUGUGCUCCGGGAUGCGUGUGCCAAGUUCUUAGAGGAGCAGCUUGAUCCUUGCAAUUGCCUAGGAAUCCAGCGCUUCGCUGACACUCACUCACUCAAAACACUCUUCACAAAAUGCAAGACCUUUGCAUUACAGACUUUUGAGGAUGUGUCCCAGCAUGAAGAGUUUCUUGAGCUUGACAAAGAUGAACUUAUUGAUUAUAUCUGUAGCGAUGAACUUGUUAUCGGUAAAGAGGAGAUGGUUUUUGAGGCAGUCAUGCGCUGGGUCUACCGAGCUGUUGAUCUUCGAAGGCCGCUGUUGCAUGAGCUCCUGACACACGUCAGGCUCCCGCUCUUGCAUCCCAACUACUUUGUUCAGACAGUUGAGGUGGACCAGUUGAUCCAGAACUCCCCUGAGUGUUACCAGUUGCUGCACGAAGCAAGACGGUACCACAUCCUUGGCAAUGAAAUGAUGUCCCCGAGGACUAGGCCACGCAGGUCUACUGGCUAUUCAGAGGUGAUCGUUGUGGUUGGGGGCUGUGAACGAGUUGGAGGAUUUAAUCUUCCAUACACUGAGUGCUAUGAUCCAGUAACAGGAGAAUGGAAGUCCUUGGCCAAGCUUCCAGAAUUUACCAAGUCAGAGUAUGCUGUCUGUGCACUAAGGAAUGAUAUUCUUGUUUCAGGUGGAAGAAUCAACAGCCGCGAUGUCUGGAUUUAUAACUCACAGCUAAAUAUCUGGAUCAGAGUUGCUUCUCUAAAUAAAGGCAGAUGGCGCCACAAAAUGGCUGUCCUCCUUGGUAAAGUAUACGUUGUCGGAGGCUAUGACGGGCAAAACAGACUUAGCAGUGUCGAGUGUUACGAUUCCUUUUCAAAUCGCUGGACGGAAGUUGCGCCCCUGAAGGAAGCAGUGAGCUCCCCUGCAGUGACCAGCUGUGUGGGGAAGUUGUUUGUGAUUGGCGGAGGACCUGAUGACAAUACCUGCUCCGAUAAGGUCCAAUCUUACGAUCCAGAAACCAAUUCUUGGCUACUUCGUGCAGCUAUCCCAAUUGCCAAGAGGUGCAUAACAGCCGUGUCUCUGAACAACCUGAUCUACGUGGCUGGGGGACUGACCAAGGCGGUGUAUUGUUACGACCCCGUGGAAGACUACUGGAUGCAUGUACAAAACACAUUCAGCCGACAGGAGAACUGCGGCAUGUCUGUGUGUAACGGUAAGAUCUACAUCCUGGGUGGAAGACGGGAAAAUGGAGAAGCCACAGACACUAUCCUCUGCUACGACCCUGCGACAAGUAUCAUCACAGGGGUCGCAGCGAUGCCCAGACCAGUGUCAUAUCAUGGCUGUGUGACCAUCCACAGAUACAACGAGAAAUGCUUUAAGCUCUAAACCCAGGGUACCUCACAUGAGAAGCCACACCAGUCCAAGAGGGAAGUUUUAAAAGCUACCAAGUGAGAAUACUUCUUUGUGCUGUACACAGAAAGAAAAAAAGAAAUAAACAAAUAAUCCUGAUGCCUUUCUGCCCAAAA